AUGCGCAGUUCCCAUUCCCGGGGUUCUCUGGAAUCAGUUGGAGAACAGCUCGCCGCGUUUCGCACCCAGGAUGGCCAAGCCUACGUGGUUGACGCUUACUGCCCUCACCUCGGGGCUAACCUUGCCGCUGGCGGGCGCGUCAUGGGCAGUUGCAUCGAAUGCCCAUUUCACAGCUGGCAGUUUCAAGGAGAAGAUGGAAAAUGCAUCAGCAUCCCAUAUGCUGAAAAAGUGCCAGAUUUUGCGAGGGUCCGGACCUGGCCGUCCUGCAAGGUGAAUGGGAUGCUGCUGGUCUGGCACCACUGCGAAGGGAUCAGUCCAACAUGGGCAGUGCCCGAGCAGCGCGAGAUCACCACCAAAGAGUGGGUGUUCCGUGGGCAGACGGAGCACUUGGUUGAUGCACACAUCCAGGAAAUCCCCGAGAACGCGGCUGACACGGCUCACCUGGCAUUUCUCCAUGGACCAGCUAUUCUGGGCGGAUCUGAUCUGAGAUACACAAGGUCCAAGCUGUGGGAUUUCAUGAAGCAUAUCUGGAAGGCGGAGUGGCGGCCAGAGCCAGAGCCCAACAAGCAUUGCUCCCAGCUGCUGGUUCAACACACCACAACCAUCUUUGGGAAGCACAUCUCCUUGAUGGAUUUGAUGGCUUCAGCCAGGCAGGUGGGGCCAGGGCUGGUUUUCCUGAUCUUUGAACAUGCUUUCCUGGGCCGUGGGAUCAUCCUGCAGACGGUGACUCCCCUGGAGCCUCUCCUGCAGAAUGUUGUUCACAAAAUCUAUUACCAGAAGAACAUGCCGGCCAUAAUCCCCAAGUUCAUCCUGAGAGCAGAGUGUAUACAGUUUGAGCGCGAUAUAACCAUCUGGAAUAACAAACAGUAUCUGCCCAAGCCGCUGCUGGUCAGAGAGGACUCCAGCAUCCAAAAGCACCGGCGCUGGUACGCCCAGUUCUACAGCGAGAAGAGCGCGAGGCUCCUGGCACAGAAGGAGGGCCUGGACUGGUGA